AAGCAAAUCCUUUCUGUCAUUUUUUUUUUGACCUUGUUUGGAUAGUUAACAAAAAAGUAGUGUUGUGAGAGUAUAUAUAAUUAUUAUAUCAGAAGAAGAAGACUAAGAGGAAAUUUUGAGAAUAUGGAUUGGUUUAUUUGAUUUUUUUUCUUUUUUUCAGUGUUGUACUCUACUCAGACACCAGGUUGAAGAUGAGCAUGGAUUUCUCCGAGUUUACUGAAGUUGUAUAUAAUCGAAUUCAGAAACUAGAGCCAGAACAUGUGUCUAAGAUCAUUGGUUAUGUCCUCUUAUAUGUUCGUGGUAAGCAGGAUAUGAUUAGAUUAGCCUUUAGUCCCGACAAUUUGAUCCAUUCGUUGAUUAACAGAGUUAAGAAUGAUCUUGGAUUAUCACCCAAACCAGCCAUUGCUGGUCCUCUUUCACCUCCCUUGUUCAAUCGAGCAUUAUCAGACAUUCCCUUGAAAUUUGGUCUAUUCUCACCAGCUUCACCUCGCCCCUUUACGAAUCAUCGAGUUGGAAAUCCUUACUGGGAGCCUCAAAGACCUGCUGAAAAUCGUCCAAUUCAUACCUUGGAUUUUUUGCCAGAUCCUGUGACCGAUGAACGUCAACUCCAAAACCAACUUCAGUUCUUAUCUUUGGAUGAUCACUCAGACCAUGUUAAUUCAGAUUUCUCUGGUGACCACUAUUUCCCUGGACCUACAUUAGGUCCAAGAUCGAGUCGAAGAUCUUCAAGCUUGCCUGAGUUUCCUGUUAAGAUUUGUCAUUACUUUAACAAAGGCUUUUGUAAGCAUGGAAAUAACUGUAGAUACAUUCAUGGACAUCCAACUCCAGAAAGCUUCUCUCAAGUUUUCAACGCGAAUUUAAAUGAAGUAGUAACUGAUGAACAUGUCUUCUCCCCUGGAUCUCUAGAGAAACUAGAGAUGGAGCUCACUGAGCUUCUCAAAUCCAAAGGGGGUGUCCCUGUUUCUAUUGCUUCGUUGCCUAUGUUGUACUAUGACACAUUUGGCAGAACACUUCAGGCCGAAGGUUAUCUGACAGAAAGUCAGAGACACGGGAAAGCUGGAUAUAGCCUGACUAAACUCCUCGCCCGACUAAGAAACAGCAUUCGUGUCAUCGACAGGCCCCAUGGACAGCAUGCCGUUAUUUUGGCUGAGGAUAUUCCAAAAUACAUGGAAUACAAUGGAGAAAGAAAUGAACACGGAGCUAUUGUAGCUGGUUCUCGACAGAUUUAUCUGACUUUUCCGGCUGAGAGUACCUUCAGCGAGCAAGAUGUUUCCAACUAUUUCAGUCAAUUUGGACCAGUCCAAGAUGUUAGGAUUCCUUGUCAACAGAAGAGAAUGUUUGGAUUUGUAACUUUUGGUUUCUCAGAGACAGUUAAGCAGAUCCUGGCAAAGGGGAAUCCUCAUUUAGUUUGUGGAGCACGUGUUUUGGUGAAACCUUACAGGGAAAAGUCCAAGAUUGUAGAUAGAAAAUGCCUGGAGAAAGCUUAUCAAGGUUCCUGUUAUAAUCCUUUCGCUGAUGCAGAAUCUGAGCACCAAUCUUCACCCAGAGUAUGUGAAAAUUCAAGACUAUUGAAGAAACAUCUUAUGGGGGAACACGAGCGUGCAAUUGAGUUUGAGAAGAGGUGUUUUCCAGACAUGCCACAUCAUCAAAUGCGCGUUGGCUACUCAGUAGAGGAUUUGAAGCUUUCUUCAGAAGGCCAUAGCGAACAACUAGAGUUCCCAUCGGCUGAGGGUUUUUCUUACAUGCUAGAUGUAUGGAACAAUGGUUCCACUAGCAACAACAAAACUAGGCAUGUUAAGACGAAUCACUAUGACCAAGAAAGUGGUCAAGGAUUGAAUCUUCCAGAUAGCCCUUUUGCAUCUCCAAUAAGGAAUAGCAUUUCAUCUGUCACUUAGUAGGUUCAGAAACACACACAAAGAAGACUGACUUUUUGGAAUAGCAGUUUGUUGGACUUUCGACACACAAAGUACUUCACUUCUCUUCAUAUUUUCCAUAAAAACAGUAGUAAUUAAUAUAUAGUUGCUCAGCUGCCUGCAAGUACAUCUGAUCCUGCAGAAAGUACAAGAAGGUAUUUUUAUUUUUUAUUUUCUCUUAGAUGGACAUCAUAAGAAAUUGAUAUAGAAAAAGUAUCCCAAAAUGUAAUUAUGGUCUCUUUUAAAGAUUGAUGGAUAGGUGCAGAUGCAGCAGAGUUUGAUGAGCUCUCUGCUUACUAAAUAGAAAUGCCAAUGUUCCUUAGUGCUAACAAUAAAGUUAUACAUAGUUUUCAUUUCUAUUCUC